UUGUUAUUUUGUGUUUAUGUCAGUAUUUUAACUGUUUUGUGUGUGUGCUGCUGGGGCUGGCCGUGUGUGUACAUUUGUAGUACAAGAUUGCACAUCCCAUUGCCUGUGCUGGAGUCUGUUUUCUACCCACGGCCUUUUAGUGCUACUGGACAUCCUGAGUUUGGUUGGGAGAGGGACAGGCGGAGCAGGAGUGAAUCACUUCCUCUUUUAUUUAAUCUUAGAGGGCUUCCUGGAAGAGGGUGGAGAUCCUGAACAGCUGGGGGAGGGAAACUGGACUGGCAGGUGCACAGAGGCCAUUACUUUGCCAGGAGGUAGACACUGCUGUGAGCAAGCCCAGCAGCGGACCCUAGCUCUCUCUAGGCAGCAAGGCCUGGUUCCCCUCAGAGCAGAGCAGCCUGGCUGACACCCACGACCGGCAAUGCUACAACUUUCAACACAUCUACUUCGGGCCCUUUGACCUCAGCGGGAUGAAAUUCCACAAUGUCUCCUGUCCCCAGGGAUGCUCUGAGGCUGUCUUGUCCCUGGACACUGGGUACCGCGCCUCAGUGACCUUGGUCCAGAAGGGCUGCUGGACAGGCCCGCCUACGGGCCGGAUGCUGUCCGACUACCACGCGCUGCCGCCAGACUACUCGGUGGUGCGCGGCUGCGCGACUGACUUGUGCAACUCCGACCUCAUGACCCACGACUCGAUCCCCAAUCUGAGCCCGGCUCCCAACCCGCCGACUCUCAGCGGCUUGAAGUGCUACGCCUGCUUGGGUAUCCACCCAGAGGACUGCACCCCGGAGAAGUCUCGACAGGUCCAGUGUCACCACGACCAAAGCGUCUGCUUUCAGGGCAACGGCCAAAUGACCGUCGGCAACUUCUCAGUCCCCGUGUACAUCCGAACCUGCCACCGGCCCUCCUGCAUCAUCAAGGGCACCUCCAGCCCCUGGACAAACAUCGACCUGCAGGGCUCCUGCUGUGACGGGCACCUCUGCAACAGGGACUCCGUGGCCCAGCCCUUCACCACUGCCUCUGCCACCGCCCCUGCCCAGGCGCCCCUCCUCAAGGCCCUGCUCCUCAUGGUCCCCCUACUGCUGGGUACUCUGGGAGGACCCCUCAUGCCCCUCGCUUAGCCCCUCCAGCCUCUUCAUGAGCAGGAUGCUGGGGGCAGACAUGCACUCACUUCUCGAAACUUCAGCCUUUGUAAUGUGGUUUACUGGGAAAUGAUAUCACACAAGAGUUGCACUCCUGUCUCUCUCUGCCACCCCCCCCAACUUCUCAUUCCCUGCCCUGCCCACACCUGAUCAGCAGGCCUGGGAGAAAUUGGGAACGGUCCCCAUUAUCCCAGGGUGGGGAGAAACAGCCCCAUCCUGGCCCACAUGAAGAGCAAUCCUGACAACGGCUAUUACUGAACACCAGUGAAGCCCUGGCACCCCACGACCCGGUUUCCUCCCUCUGGAGCCAGCAAGGAACUACAAUAAUGUCUUUAUUCGUAUCAUCAUGAGAGGUUCAAAAGGCAGUAUAUCCUAGGAGCUAGGAGCCCAGACUCUGGAGCCAGCCUGCAUGGGUCUAAAUCCCAGCUCUACCAUCUAGCCCGUGGCUAGUUACUCAACCUCUCUGCACCUGUUUCCUCACCUAUAAGGCACAGGUGAAAAUAAAACCUAUACUAAUGACAA